AUGGUAGCGACGUUUGAGUGGGCGGAAAUCCUCGCUCAGGCAGCAACGGACAGGGAGGACGGGGACUACUAUUCGGUGGCUAACGCCUUUUUGUACGCUUACACGAUAUUGCGGAAGUCUGCAUUUACGGUGUUUUGCGAGAGGAUAAAUAUGGACUCUUCUGAUGUUCACCCUGACUCUAAGGAUUAUAAGUUCUUUGAGCAGGAUUAUCAAGCCAAUUGCCCCGACUUAUCCCCCCCUGCGUUUUUCAGGGACAUGCAGAAUGUCGACCAUCUCCUUAGAGAGCGUGGCGACCUUGCGAGCGGGAAUUCGUCCCGCUCCGGAUCACCUCCUAGUUCGAUCAUGGACGAGGGGGACGUAUCGGGAUGA